CCUCUGUCUCUUCCAGACAUAGCGCAGCUCAUCCAGCUGGACUUGGACCUGAAGUUCCAGACCAACAUCGAGGAGCUGUUUGAGGAGUUCGACCGCUUCCCGCGAGGAGCCGUCAUUGGGAUCGCCCGAGAGAUGCAGCCGGUCUACAGGCACACCUUCUGGCAGUUCCGCCGGGAGAACCCCGGCACCAAGGUGGGGGAGCCCCCGCCGGACGGGCUGCCCGGCUUUAACAGCGGGGUCAUGCUGCUCAGCCUGGAAGCCAUGCGCCAGUCCCGGCUCUACAACCAGCUGCUGGAGCCGGACAAGGUGCGGCAGCUGGCGGAGAAGUACCAUUUCCAGGGCCACCUGGGGGACCAGGAUUUCUUCACCAUGAUUGGCAUGGAGCACCCGGAGCUGUUCCACGUGCUGGACUGCACCUGGAACCAGCUGCUCUGCUCCUGGUGGCGGGAGCACGGGUACAGCGACGUCUUCGACCGCUACUUCCGCUGCGAGGGCCGCGUCAGGAUCUACCACGGGAACUGCAACACACCCAUCCCGGAGGACUAGGCCGCCCGGCACGGCCUGCGGGGCCGCGGUGCUUUCGGGGGUGGGCAAGCAGCUAGUGACGCGUGCGCACCAGUGUCCUACGCCAAGGUGCGCCCCUUUCCCGGGCCCUGUGCUCCCACGCCACGAGCGUUCUGCCACUCCCACCUCAGCCAGGAAGUGCAGGCUAGUGGUUAGAGCAGGGUGCCUGGGUUCUGCUCCCAGCUCAGGCACGGGCUGUGCGAGCUCGGGUUAGGCACAUCGCUCCUCCUUGCCAGUCUGCACCGCUGUAAAAAGGGGCUGAUCAGCUUUACCCUCCUCACACCACAGCCGCGAGCGCCCGUGUGAAAGCCCCUGUCUACACGCAACACACAGCGACGCCCUCACGCCCGCCUGCCCCACUUGUGGCGAUUGCCUGUGUGCGCCGUGCACUGCAGCGCUGCGAAUUGUGGCCGCCAGGUGGGCCCGUCGCUCAGUGACCUGGGCCCGGUGCCGGGCAAGGAGACGCCGGCUCAGCCUGGCCUGGUUUAGAAUAAAAGCCAAACGAGCGCUUUGAAAGCCUGACCUGGGGCUGCGCUCACACGGGGUCGCUCCUGGGCCAAAAGGAGCUUUAAAGCCGCCCGGGCGCUCCCUGCAGCCCCUCCGAGCCCCACGCAGGGGGCACGCGGGUUCUUUGGGGGCGGCUGCGACUGUCCGAGCGGAAGGCUCCAGACGCGCGUUUCUCUCUCGCUGGGAGCAAAAGGGGCUGACGUGAGUCUGUUGGGGAGCUGGCUAAGCGGCGUCCUGCCUCCCGUCAGGGUUCUGCCAAGCUGCACGCGAGCCCCAUGUCGGGGCUUCACAACACGUUUUCGCGGCAGUCACUCUCCUAGAAUCAUAGAACCACAGAGCUGGAAGAGACCUCAGGAGGCAUCGAGUCCAGCCCCCUGCUCUAGGCAGGACCCAUCCCAACUAAAUCAACCCGGCCAGGGCUGUGUCAAGCCGAGACUGAAA